AUGCCGGAGCCAGUGAUUAAGAAGAGGAAAGUGGAAACUGAUACCGAAGCGGAAUGCCUACCAGAGGGAAAUACUAUAGUCUGCGAUGACGAGAUUUUAACACAAAAGUGGUAUCCGGUGACAGUAACUUCGAUCAAGGAUAAGUUUUCGUAUGAUAGCAGCACAUACCAUUCAGCAAUUCCAAAAGUUAUUGAAGAGAACCCUAAUCAGUCUAUUGUACUUGGUGUGGACGAAGCUGGACGCGGUCCUGUCAUGGGACCGAUGGUAUAUGGUAUAUCGUACUGCUUGGAAUCAUACCAUAACGACUUGAAAACCCGAUACGGCUUUGCAGAUUCCAAGAUUUUGAAAGACGCCGUUCGAACAGAUUUGUUCAAGUUGUUGCACGACGAGAAACACGAAUUGUUCCAGAACGUAGGCUGGGCCACAUGCACCAUGACCGCAAAGGACAUUUCCAAUGGCAUGCUUCGAAGCGUUCUAGGCGCAGGAUCGUACAACUUGAAUGAGCAAGCACACGACACCACGAUUCUGCUAAUAAAAGACGUUCUAAAGUCGGGUGUCAACGUGAGUAAGAUUUUUGUGGACACGGUUGGUCCGCCAGCGAGCUAUCAAGCCAAGUUGCAGAAACAUUUUUCUGGCAUCGAAAUCACAGUAACAAAAAAGGCCGACAGCAUCUACCCAAUUGUCAGUACCGCAUCCGUGGUGGCCAAAGUCACCAGGGACUUGAAUCUUCAUUGGUACAACGAAAACGUCGAAAUACUCAAAGGACAGGUAAUUGGCUCUGGGUAUCCGUCAGACCCAAACACAAGUAGAUGGCUCAAUAGUGACGUGGACAAAGUGUUUGGGUGGAAUCACGGGCUUGUGCGGUUUCUGUGGCAAACAGCAAAGGACAGCUUGGUCAAGAGAGGUGGCGUGCCGGUGGUAUAUGAGGCCGAAUGUGUGAAGGAUAAGGGCUACAAAGACAUUGGUCAGAUGUUUGUGCCUCCCAGCGAUAUUUUGAUUGAUGCGCUGUUUUACGGCCACGAUGUUGUGUUGUAG